UCGACGGCGCAAGAGCGAAAAGGAAAAUCCGUGUUCUACAAUAAGUAUCCAGUUCAGCUCUGUGUCAUUCUGAAGCUGUUUACACGGACACAUUUGGCACGGCGAUCUCUAGUGCUGAAGUAACGGGUUGAGAGGCAGAUCGAGCGGAAACGAGAUGUUUUUGUAUAAGAAUUAGAUGUGGAUUUUGGAUAACCGAAGUCUUGGGCGUUAUCUCCACUUUUGUGCAUUUAUUUAGUGUCGGACUGAAAACAGCCGAGGCUGAGCGCAUCUGAUCCUCCCGGAGCGCUCGGCGCUGAUGAGGGCUCUGUCGGCGUGAUCCGUGCGCGAUGGCCGCUUCGGGCGGACAGAAGAGUGAGAAGUUAGAUGAAGCUCAGGCUCUAGCGAGGAGGUGCGCAGGGAGACCGGACUUUCUGCCCUGUGAUGGACUAUCCAUCUGCGCCACACACAGUCACGGGAAGUGUUUCAAGCUGCACUGGUGCUGUCAUCUGGGCUGGUGCCACUGUAAAUAUGUCUACCAACCCAUGACCAGUGUAUGCCAACUUCCAAGCACGCCGGUUCCAGUUGCCCCCUCAGGUCACACUCUCACCAUGAACCUGUCUGUUUCCUUGACCGAGCGCUUUCUCAGGACAGCCCCCAAGUUCAAGGCUCCACCCUGCCCAGAGUUGCCUGAGUUCUGUAUAAUCUCUGACCUCUUUGUGGAUGAUUACAUGGUAAAACGUAUCAACGGAAAGAUGUGUUAUGUGCAAAGGCCGCCUCCACCUACACCAAAGUCUACACACCGACCCCAAACACCGGCACCUCAACCUGCACCCCAACGUACUAACAAGCACACACGGCAGGUGGGCCCAACUAUUAAGCACAGCCAACCAAACGAGAAGAGCUCGGGCCCUAAAAUGGACCACUGCUCCUCUCCCUCCAGCUCAGAAGACUCUGGAAUCAAUGCAUUUGGUCUGCACUACAUGGAAUCCUGCGAUGAGGACUUCUUUGUGGAUGAUGAUGAUGAGGAAGAAGAGGAUGAUGAGCUGAGUACCGAUGGAGACUCCAGUCCUGGUAGCCUCUGGGAUCAGGAUGAGUGCACUUUACUGUCACCAUCCAAAUCAAUGGUUGAGAUCAUUGAGAAGAUUGAGACAACGGUUUGAAGUGCCUGUCAGUAAAUACCACAGUUGAAAUUCCUCAGUCUCGGAAAUACUUCCCUACACUAUCCUACCAGCAGGUGCAUGCGUCUAUUGAGCCAAUGCAAGCACACGCUCCCUUUUAUGGCUGCACCAUCCGAGGUUGUCCCAGAAGAACCCUCGAGAGAUGAGUCAUGGCAACUCUCUCCAGUACUUACUACAACUCUCAUUUUCCCUCUAGUCCCUUAUGCAUGGUGAGGCUAAUGUAGGUUACACGCAAGUAAAUGCGCUGACAAAUACAUAUUGUGAGAAAUUCACCCAAAUGGGACUCAAAAGAUGAAUAUUUCAUGAAUGAAAAGAUUUAAGACAGUCAAACUCAAAAAUAUGAUGCUAUGACUCUCCUUAGAAGGAUCAGAUACACUCUGUCCAAUGCAUAGAAAUGGAAGAGAGCAUGGCUGAUGCAAUAUAAAAAGACCUAGACUAAGAUGGUCUGUGUGUGUUAGAAGGAUGAAGAGAACGCUAGAGAGAACCUUUCAACAUCCUCCUGUUAGAGAAUCAGUCAGAACAGUGGUUAAAUCAUGCAUGAGCUCAGAGGAUGGUAAUGAAACUUUGCGAUAAAAAAGAGAUUGAGGUUCGUACUUGAGGGAAUACCCCUUUUCUUAAACUCUCUCACAUGCAGAGAUUCCUUGGAGGCAGUCAAGUGUUCAUUACCAGACAUUUCUUGUCUGGCACCAGACUGUGGGGUGGAUCAGUCCUCCCAUCGUCAUAGUCUUCAGAGUUUGUGGCUUCUUUAGGAGUGGAAAACAACUUUUUGACAAUCAGUUAGAGAAAAAGUAGGUUUAAGCUAAAUUCUGCAAAUAAUAUUAGAAUAAAAUUGCGUUGCUCAUACCCCAAGAAUCCCAUUGUGGUCUAUGUUCCAUUCUGUCAAGCACACAUUGGCAAAGCCAGAGGACUGCUUAAUGGCCAUUCACACAAGAUGUGUUUUUGUUUCCAUCUUCCCUAUUUUUUAAUUGUUGGUCAAUAUAAAUGUGCUGGACACAUGCUAUUGUCUCUUGCUGUUUUUAUUAAAGGUGCAUUUUAAGGGAUAGUUCAUCCAAACAUUACAAUUCGGAUUUAAUUUACUCACUGUUAUGUCUACACAAAUCUGUAUGACUUUCAUCUGUGAAAGAUUUUGAGAAAUUAUUUUGUAUAUAUUGUAAUUUGCAGGUUGCUUUUGGCAAAACAACUUACAUUGCAUUCAAGGUAUACAUUGUAUAAGGUAAACAUUGUAUUAAACCCAUAACCUAGACAUUGCUGGUAGCAUGCCUGAGCUACAGGAACGCUAAAAACCAGCUUUCAGGUCAUUUCUGUCACCCUGUCUAGCUGUAUUUAACGCAAGAAUGCACCCUAUGUGAAGGGCCCCUUAAGUGUCUCUUUGGCUUUAGGGUUUAAGAACAUUUGGCCCAUUCAGACUUACCAUAACAUAUCUGGAUCUUUUUUUAAUCAUUGUAUUAAAAUAUAUCUUAUUAUAUUAAGAACAUUUUUACAUUUCCAAGAACAGAUAUAGACUAGCCCAAAAUGUAAAAAAAAAUGUUUUUUUUUUAAUUUAAAAAUGCAAACACACGACCUAUGUCGGGUCCAGGGUGAAAAGAAGUGUUUCUUCUUGACACGCUUCUACCAUCCCCAACCCCCCACCCCCACCCCCCAAAAUAAAAAAAAAAGAAAGAAAGAAAGAAAUUUAAGACAAUAAAUUUACUAACUGGGUCUACGAGCUGAAACCGCCAAGUAUGUACUGACUUGUUAAAGCCAAGUGAACCCUUUUAAUCAUCCAAUCUCAUUUAUUUCAAGUAUUGGUUCAAAAAAGUUAUACUAGCUUACUUGUCAACCCCAUGUAAUAUAUAAGCACAUAUGUAACUUCACUGCCUGAAUAAAAAUACACACUUUGGAGUUUUUUCUGAUCAUGAAAAGACAAUGAGCCAUUGAUGGUGCAGGUAUGAUUCUCUCCUUGUUACUGAAUGAAUGAAUAAGACUAUCCCUGUCUCUGCAGUUUUGAUAUCAGGGACUGAUGUAGCUACAAAUAUAUACUGUAGACAUGCAAAUGUUUAUCAAAUAUUAAAACAUGCCCUAUUGUUUUGCUUUUUUUCUCGUAUUAACUAUUGUUAACUCACCUCAUAUUUUUUCUUAUAAAGAAAUAUAAAAAAUAUGAAAUGUUUCUGUCUUUCAUUCUGAGAAUAUGCUCAUGCAUUUUGGUUAGUUCCAAACUGAAGUUUUACACAUGCUGAAAGUGUUAAUAUAUUUUCCCUGAAACAAUCUUUUAUGGAUCUUCAGCUGUUAAAGAGUGGAUCCUCUGCAUUGAAUGAGUGCCUUCAGAAUGAAAGUCCAAACAG